AGAGAAGCAGCUCUUUGCAUCUCUAGUGAAAGCUCGAUUUUUCCUUCCUCCACCUGACAACUUUAUCAGAGGAGGAAUCACCAGGAUUUCUGCAGCAGCUUCAAGCUUCUGUCUGCAUCUCUGUGUGGUUUUCUCCAGCAGAGAUUCUGCCUUUCAAGAUUCUCAGCUUCGGAGGAGCAGGUAGCGGGCACACGUGUGGGGCUGGACAUCUUAGUCAACUCCUCGCCUUGUUCCUUGAAGAUCCUGGAUCUCUCUGGGACACCCUGAGCACCUGAGACCGGCAUUUCCAGCUGGACACCGGCAGAACUUUGCUGCAACUCUCUCUGGGAUCCACGAGGACCAAGCUGCUCGCUCUGUGGUGAUAUCUGAUUUGGUUGUGUUUGUGUCCAAAAGUCCUUUGAGGGGGGUUAGAAGUAUCUGUGUGUCUUUCGGGACGAUUUCUGGUGGGGUUUUUGAGAGCUAGCUCUAGUACCAGGGCUUGCAACCUACUUCUUUCUGUGUCUGACACUCACACGGUCGGAGCCAUGCAGCUGGACAAUGUCACCAGUGCAGGCAUCCACUCCUACCAGGGGCACCGUGGAGUUGCCAACAAGCCCAAUGUGAUCCUGCAGAUAGGGAAAUGCAGGGCAGAAAUGUUGGAGCACGUCAGGAGGACCCACCGGCACCUCCUGUCUGAGGUCUCCAAGCAGGUGGAGCGUGAGCUGAAAGGCUUGCAGAAAUCAGUGGGGAAGUUAGAGAAUAACUUAGAGGAUCAUGUCCCAACUGAUAACCAAAGGUGGAAGAAGUCCAUUAAGGCCUGUCUGGCUAGAUGUCAGGAAACCAUUGCCCACCUGGAGAGGUGGGUCAAGAGAGAGAUGAAUGUUUGGAAGGAGGUCUUUUUCCGUCUGGAGAAGUGGGCGGACCGUCUGGAGUCCAUGGGAGGCAAAUACUGUCCUGCCGACCAGGGCAAGCAGACUGUGUCCGUUGGGGUGGGAGGCCCAGAGAUAAGGCCAGGUGAGGGUGAGAUUUAUGACUAUGCACUUGACAUGAGCCAAAUGUAUGCCCUGACCCCUCCUCCUGGGGAGGUGCCCAGCAUCCCUCAGGGCCACGAUUCUUACCAGUGGGUUUCUGUGUCAGAGGAUGCUCCAGCCUCCCCCGUGGAGACUCAGGUCUUUGAGGAUCCCCACGAGUUCUUAAGCCACUUGGAGGAAUACUUAAAGCAGGUGGGUGGAACAGAGGAGUACUGGCUGUCUCAGAUCCAGAACCAUAUGAAUGGCCCAGCUAAAAAGUGGUGGGAAUACAAGCAGGACUCUGUCAAAAACUGGGUCGAGUUCAAGAAGGAGUUCCUGCAGUACAGUGAGGGGACUCUGACUCGGGAUGCUAUCAAAAGGGAGCUGGAUUUGCCCCAGAAAGAGGGGGAGCCCCUGGACCAGUUCCUCUGGCGCAAGAGAGACUUAUACCAGACUCUCUAUGUUGAUGCGGACGAGGAGGAAAUUAUCCAGUAUGUGGUAGGCACCCUCCAGCCCAAACUGAAGCGCUUCUUGAGUUAUCCUUUGCCCAAGACCUUAGAACAGCUGAUCCAAAGAGGGAAGGAAGUCCAAGGCAACAUGGACCACUCUGAGGAGCCCAGCCCACAGAGGACACCUGAAGUUCAGUCAGGAGACUCUGUGGAGAGCGUACCUCCCUCAACCACUGCCAGUCCUGUGCCGAGCAAUGGGACUCAACCUGAGCCCCCCAGCCCUCCAGCUACUGUCAUAUGAGCUAGUCCAGGUUAGGCAGCAGUCUGGGUUACUAGAAGGGGGCUUAUUUAGGAAGCUUCUCCUUGGAGAGAGGUUCUGGCUGAGACAAGGUGUGCUCAGCCCAAGAGCCCAUAGCAGAGGAAUCAACUUUGCUUGUGGGGGGAGGGAGGCGACAGGGGAGAGGCACCUUAGGAUGUGGUUGCCCACCUCACCUAAGCCAUGCAGUACGGUGGUGCUGGAGACACUGCAUGCACCACUGUGGGGAACGGACAAUUUUAUAUGAUCCCUGACAAGAAACUAGAGACAAUUCCCAACUUCAGAAGCAGCCACUUAGCACUGGUGGCUUUCAAGGACUUCGUACGAGUGCAGCAAUUGGCUGAGGGUUCCUACCCAUCCGGAUUUUUCCUUCUCCUUCUCUCCUCCCUCUUCUGCAGAGGUGUCUCUGUCCUGAGGAGACAUCCUUUUGACCCUUGCCCUUUUAUGAUUUACUACUGGGAUUUUUUUCAUUUGGCAGUCUCCUGUUCUGACUUUCUCCAAAGGAUUGUAUAAUUAUUUUUUUAAAACCUUUUUCGUUUGUUUGCUUCUAAGAAGAAAUUAUAUUACUUCAGGAACUGUAGACUUUAAGAAUCUGGAUUAUUUUGAGUGAUUUUCUUUUCCCUGCACCUAAUACCUGCUUUAAUGUUUUUUCCUCUCAAGGGGCUCCUACUGGUUUGCUUCUUUGCUCACUCUAAUCAAAGCCACUGCAGUGCAGAGGCAAAUCUCACCCUUCCCCUGCACUUUAUUCUGUGCAUUCAGCAGGAAGAAAGAGUUUCAAAUGAAAUUCUGAGCACAUUUUACUGAAGCAGCAGAAGUCUGCUUCCUUUAGGGGAAGAGAGGGAGUCAAGGUGGACAGAAGAGGCACCAGAGCUAUUCUGAGAGGGUGGGGGGAGGUAAGGGAAAUAAAUCUUUAUACUUUGAACCGAACAAACAAACACAUCCUAAAUCCAGAGCAAAUAUAUCCCCAGAGCAGCAACUCGAGUCCAUACUGAUGUGUGAAGACAGCAGGGGCUUUUGCCAUGUAAAAGCCAAAAAGACCCCAAGCAAGCGUAGAGAGGAGCUGUGUGUCCCUACACAGUUGUAGCCUGUGCAGCACAACAACGAGCUUCUGCUCACACAGACAGACUCAUGCUCUUGGAAAGCCUGGCAUCCCUGUCCUGGAGCACCUGGGGACAGAGUCUUGUCUGUUCUCAAAGAACUUUCUACAGUAUCUUGCCAUGGAUGGAGACGGACUUGGACUCUGUGACAUUUCCCAUGUUGAGGCAGUAAUGCUCAGCAUUCACCUUGCUUUGGCUAGUAUCCGAUGAGAGGACUUUGAGAGGAGGGAAGUUUGGCUGUUCAAAGCUUCUUAUGGCUGGACACAUCUCAAGAAUCAUCUGCAUUCACCAUCAGAACAAAUAAAAACCUCCACAAAGGAUGCAGCAGGGAUGCAGCAACAGGAGUGCUUCUGGGGUGCUUCUGGCACUACUGCAGCAGUGACAUGUGUCUCCGACGGCUUGGGAGGCCUUUGAUGUCCCUCCUUCCAGGAAGCCGAAGUGACUCACUCAGAUCCUCCUCUGAGAAGGAAUCACUUCACGGUGCUCUGGAUUUGGAAGGAAAGCCAAAGAGAAAAAGCUUUAAAAUCAAGGACUCAACAUCAGACCUGCUGUCAGGAUCCCCAGCCACUGACUGC